AUUAUACAACAGCAGAGAGUACAACUUUGACUACCAUGUCGAUCUCCAACAUUGAUCUCUCAUAACUCUCAUCACAUAUACCACAUAGUCUUCUCACAGUAUAAUAUGUCUGCCAAAGAUUACUACCAAAACCAGCCCGACCGAGGUUUCGGCGGUCCUCAACAACAACAAGGAGGCUACUACGCUCCUCCCGGCGGACAACCUGGUUAUGGUGGACAGCCGGGAUAUGGUGGACAACCGGGGUACGGCGGGUACCCCCAGCAACAGGGGUAUGGAGCGCCUCCUCAGCAGUACGGAGGUGGUGGAUAUGGGGGACCUCCUCAGGGGUAUCCUCAGCAGCAACAACCCGUUUACGUCCAACCCCCUCCUCGUAAAUCAGGCGGGGGAGCUACGGGUUGUCUAGCUUGUCUGGCCGGAGCCUGUUGUUGUUGUGCGGCCGAAGAGAUGUGCUGCGACUGUUUCUUCUAAGCCCCUCUCUGCACGGGACCAGCCUCUACCGCUCAUCACCCUGGCUACCCCCCCCUCUUACACAUUCGAUCAUCUCAUUUGAACCAACGUACCCGCUAUUUGUCGUCCAAAGUGACCUGGCCGGACGACCCGGACCUUUUUAAUUCCCCUUGAAGCGCUUUAUGAAUACUUCUCCUUUUACCUUUCGUCCGCCUUGCCUAUCGGGGUGCUGGCCUUUUCGGGCUCUUUGAUCUCGGAUGUACAACUUAAUCGCAAUUCAAUCCUUUGCAAAAUCGAAUUACAUCUAUCAAACAAAGCAGAAGCUAGAUCACGGUCCAGACUCGUCAGCAGCAUGUUAUUGGUCUGACUACUGUCGUAGCUCAACACCAUGCACAACAUGCCGACCUUACUACUGUCGUCGC